UCCUGCUCCUCCUCCUCCUCCUGCCGCCGCCGCUACCGCCGCAGCAGGAACGUUCGGCCUGCGGCGGCCGGGGUUGAGCCCGUGCGCUCGGCGCCCUCUGACUCGGGGUGGGGAACAGGACUCGCUCUCCCGUCCUCUGGCGGAAGGCCCUCCCUCAGCUCUCGCGUGCUCUGGGGGCCCUGGGGUUCCUUCCAAACAGCCCCCGACGGAGUCCCUUCCAGUCGGGGACCCUCCACUCUCCACUAAGGAGGAGUGGACACCUGCCGCUCUGCCUCCCUAAAACGGGGUCGUGCCCUCACACCCACACAGAGGGCAGAGAGCUUCACGAUCCCGUUUCGCCCAGUUUUCCAAUCCAGAACCUUCUGAUCUCCGCUAGGUUCUAAGGGCCCCUGCCUCCUGCCCGGUCCACGCUCAUAGGGAGGCAGCCCCCGACCCCAGACAGCCUGGGUCUGGCUCGGUCCCUGCGGGCUCCUUCCAGACCACUCCUUCUCUCUACUCCCCCGCCCACGACCCUCUGUGUUCUUUACCUCGCUCCCCUUGUCACCUCUUGGAGCUCUUGCUUAAUCUGGAGCCAGUGGGUACCUCCUGCACCAGGAUGUGAGCCCCUGUAACCUGUAAUGCUGUGGCUGGCCCUUGGCCCCUUCCAUGCCAUGGAGAACCAGGUGCUGGUGAUUCGUAUCAAGAUUCCAAAUAGUGGCGCGGUGGACUGGACAGUGCACUCCGGGCCGCAGUUACUCUUCAGGGAUGUGCUGGAUGUGAUAGGCCAGGUUCUGCCUGAAGCAACAACCACAGCAUUUGAAUAUGAAGAUGAAGAUGGUGACCGAAUUACAGUGAGGAGCGAUGAAGAAAUGAAGGCCAUGCUGUCCUAUUAUUAUUCCACAGUAAUGGAACAGCAAGUAAAUGGACAGUUAAUAGAGCCUCUGCAGAUAUUUCCGAGAGCCUGCAAGCCUCCUGGGGAACGGAACAUACAUGGCCUGAAGGUGAAUACCCGGGCUGGACCCUCCCAACACGAUAGCCCAGCAGUCUCCGACUCACUCCCAAGCAAUAGCUUAAAGAAAUCUUCUGCUGAACUGAAAAAAAUAUUAGCCAAUGGCCAGAUGAAUGAACAAGACAUACGAUAUCGAGACACUCUUGGCCAUGGCAACGGAGGCACAGUCUACAAAGCAUAUCAUGUCCCAAGUGGGAAAAUAUUAGCUGUAAAGGUCAUACUACUAGAUAUUACACUGGAACUUCAGAAGCAAAUUAUGUCUGAAUUGGAAAUUCUUUAUAAGUGUGAUUCAUCAUAUAUCAUAGGGUUUUAUGGUGCAUUUUUCGUAGAAAACAGGAUUUCAAUAUGUACAGAAUUCAUGGAUGGGGGCUCCUUGGAUGUAUAUAGAAAAAUUCCAGAGCAUGUCCUUGGAAGAAUUGCAAUAGCAGUUGUUAAAGGCCUCACCUAUUUGUGGAGUUUAAAGAUUUUACAUAGAGAUGUAAAACCCUCCAAUAUGCUAGUAAACACAAGAGGACAGGUCAAGCUGUGUGAUUUUGGAGUUAGCACUCAGCUGGUGAAUUCUAUAGCCAAGACGUAUGUUGGAACAAACGCUUAUAUGGCGCCCGAAAGAAUUUCAGGGGAGCAGUAUGGAAUCCAUUCCGAUGUCUGGAGUUUAGGGAUCUCUUUUAUGGAGCUUGCUCUUGGGAGGUUUCCAUAUCCUCAGAUUCAGAAAAACCAGGGAUCUUUAAUGCCUCUCCAGCUUCUGCAGUGCAUUGUUGAUGAGGAUUCGCCCGUCCUUCCGGUUGGAGAGUUCUCCGAGCCAUUUGUACAUUUCAUCACUCAGUGCAUGCGAAAACAACCCAAAGAAAGACCAGCACCUGAGGACCUGAUGGGCCACCCGUUCAUCAUGCAGUUCAAUGACGGAAACGCCACCGUGGUGUCCAUGUGGGUGUGCAGGGCGCUGGAGGAGAGGCGGAACCAGCAGGGGCCCCCGUGAUGCCGCAGAGGGGCACAGACAGCCCAGGACUGGUCACCAAGGGGACAACCCACCCAUCGUGCCCCCUUUCUGUUCGCCGUCUGCCCUGGAAGAGCUCUGCUGGGCCGGGCUUCCCUACUCUCAACUUUGACUCUGCUGGCAGAUGGCCUAGCCCAGGGAGCCCUCCAGAGUGGCCAGCCCUUGCCUGCUCUGGUCUGGAGGCACUGAUGGGGGGUGGGCAGAGGGGUGGGGGCAUCAAGAACGGAGACUUCGGGCCCCUGCCCCUCUUUUUUCCUAACAUUUUCUUUGUAAAGGGUCAGGCCCCGUCAGCAUCACUGAUGGGAAUAAAAGUAUUAUUGCUUCUUUACUGUC